CCCCCGUUGGGUUCUCACCAUGCCAGGACGAUUCUAAACAACAACAACAACAAAGAAAAAAAAACCCUCUUCUCCUCUUCCUCUUCCCCUCGAUGGAGUCAGCCGACUUCUAUGAGACGGAGCCACGGCCCCCCAUGAGCAGCCAUCUCCAGAGCCCCCCGCACGCGCCCAGCAGCAGCAGCAGCAGCAGCCACAGCAGCGCCGCCUUCGGUUUUCCACGGGGUUCGGGAUCUGCACAGCCCCCGAUCUUACCUGCGGCUCCGGAACCUCUGGGUGGCAUCUGCGAGCACGAGACGUCCAUCGACAUCAGCGCCUACAUCGACCCGGCCGCCUUCAACGACGAGUUCCUGGCCGACCUCUUCCAGCACAAUCGGCAGCAAGAGAAAGCCAAGGCGGCGGCGGCGGCGGCGGCGGCGGCGGUGGCGGCGGCGGCGGGGACCCCGACGGGGAUCGGAGGAAGCGGUGACUUUGAUUACCCCGGAACCCCCUUAGGUCCCGGAGGUGCCAUCAUGUCCGGGGGGGCGCACGGUCCCCCGCCUCCCGGCUAUGGUUGUUCGGCAGCUGGUUACCUGGACGGUAGGUUGGAACCGCUGUAUGAGCGCGUCGGGGCUCCGGCGUUGCGGCCGUUGGUGAUCAAGCAGGAACCCCGGGAGGAAGAUGAAGCCAAGCAAUUGGCCUUAGCCGGGCUCUUUCCAUACCAGCCGCCGCCGCCGCCGCCGCCGCCGCACCCGCACGCCUCUCCCGCGCACCUGGCCCCGCCGCACCUGCAAUUCCAGAUCGCGCAUUGCGGCCAGACCACCAUGCACCUGCAACCCGGGCACCCCACGCCGCCGCCCACCCCGGUGCCCAGCCCGCACCCCGCACCCGCACUUGGAGCAGCCGCUUUGCCAGGCCCUGGUGGUACGCUUAAAAAUCUAGCCACCGGGCACCCCGAUCUCCGUGCGCCCGGUGGUGGUGGUGGUGGUGGUGGUCAUGGUGGAGUAGGCAAGGCCAAGAAGUCGGUGGACAAGAAUAGCAACGAGUACCGCGUGCGGCGAGAACGCAAUAACAUCGCGGUGCGUAAAAGCCGAGACAAGGCGAAGCAGCGCAACGUGGAGACUCAGCAGAAAGUGUUGGAGUUGACCAGUGACAAUGAUCGCCUGCGCAAGCGGGUGGAACAGCUCAGCCGCGAACUGGACACGUUGCGGGGUAUCUUCCGGCAGCUGCCGGAGAGUUCUUUGGUCAAGGCCAUGGGCAACUGUGCGUGAAGGCGGCCCCCACCCCCACCUCGGUGCGUGCCUGUCUGCGCGCGCGUGUGCGCGCGCGCGGGACUGCAGGGGAGGGGGCGAGGGUGUGGGGGGAACCCAUCCUGGA